AUGGCGCAGGCCGAGUCGGGUUCUAGUAGUUGUCAGGUAUUCCGAUUUUGUCGUUCAAAAUGUCACAAGCUGUUUAAGAAGAAGCGUAAUCCGAGGAAAACACGAUGGACGAAGGCAUCGCGUAUGGCCCGAGGCAAGGAGCUGAGGGGUGAUAGCACUUUGGCUGUUGAGGCACGACGUAACGAGCCACUGAAGUAUGAGCGACAGCUGUGGAAUGAAGCGGGUUGGUUUAUUCUCUAA